GUCACCCAUUUGAAAGUUUCCCCAACUUCAAGGAAACACGCGCCAUCCAUAUCCAUAUCAUACGCUCGCUUUCCUCAUAAUCCACCGCUUUCGUCAAUCCAAUCCCAAUCCCAAUCCCUCAACAACUAUUUCACUAUAUUUUCCAAAAUCAAAACCCUAACCCUAAAUUACCCACCUAAUUCGUUCAGAUUCUUCUGUUGUAUACGAUCCCAUUGAUUUGAUUGUUGGUUUCUAGGAGGAGCAGAACUUGAUCUGCCUUCGAUUUUGUGACACAAUGUCUGCGAUUGUGUGUGGGAAGAGAUCUUUCUUCGAAGAAUUACCAACGUCAUCGACUUCUACGGCGCCUCCUGUUGCCAAGAAGCUUCGUUGUUCUUCUUCGAAUUCGACUUCGACUUCUCCCGUUCGCCUGUCGCCUUUUACUAACUCACCGCCAUCCUCCGCACUCAUCGAUCAGCUCCGGGCGGUUUUCCCUAACAUGGAUAAGCAGCUUCUGGAAAAAGCGCUUGAAGAUAGUGGAAAUGAUUUAGAUUCUGCCAUCAAGAGUCUUAAUGAACUUUAUCUUGGAUAUGUAGAUGCAAACUCAUCUUCUGUUGCAUUAUCAUUAUCAAAUACAGCUACCAAUGAAGAAUAUAUAACUUUAGAAAACCAAUCAGCUCAUGAGAAGAAUCCUAGAAAUGGUGCAGAAUGGGUUGAGCUUUUUGUCACAGAAAUGAAGAAUGCCACCAGUGUUGAUGAUGCCAGGUGUCGCGCCAUGAGAAUGCUCGAGAGUUUGGAAAAAUCUAUAACUCAAAAUUCUGGUGAUCAUGCACAAACCCUUCAUAAGGAAAACAUGGUUGUGAAGGAGCAAAUUGAAGUUCUUUUAAGGGAAAAUACAAUACUGAAACGUGCUGUAUCCAUUCAGCAUGAAAGACAGAAAGUUUAUGAAGAGAGCACUCAAGAAGUGCAACAUUUGAAACAGUUGUUGUCAAUGUAUCAAGAACAAUUGAGGACACUUGAGGUGAAUAACUAUGCGUUGACUAUGCAUCUAAAACAAGCUCAAGAAAGCAAUUGUAUGCCUGGAAGGUUUCAUCCUGAUGUGUUCUAAUUAGAAUAAUGAUAUUUAGGAAAAUGAUCUAAUUAAGAUAUAUAAAUAUGUUAUUGUUAUUGUUAUUGUUAUUGUUAUUGUUAUUAGGUGAUUAAUAUAUGUAUGCCAUGUAAAGGCGUGUAGAUUGUAAGAUUAUAUUAUGUUUAAAAACAUUGAUUGAAAGGUUAAUUUAGAUGACACGACCUCACUUCA